CUAGCUCUCUCACGUAAUAGACGGUGCAAGUGGAUGUUCCUCACUUCUAUAUAAAUAUUUUUGCUGUUAGUCUUUACUAUCCUGUUUCCUCUAUAGUUUCCAAAUACUUCUUGCUUAUUUCUGAUUUUUACCUGAGUACGUACCAGAGAAAACAUGGCUGAGGCUAUUGUUACUGAAGUUGCUAAGGAAAUACUAAGCAAGCUGAUUCCACUUGUUACCGAGCAGAUCGGCCUUGCUUGGGGUUUCAAGGAGGAGCUGACACGGCUUCGUCAGUCAGUGGAGAUGAUCCAAGAUGUGCUGGCUGAUGCAGAGAGAAAGCAAGUGACUGACCUGUCGGUGAGGCGCUGGCUGCAGAGACUUCAAGAUGUUGCUUAUGAUGCUGAUGAUGUGAUGGAUGAGCUUGCGUAUGAGAUUCUCCGGCGAAAGGUAGAGAUCCGAAAUCAAAUGAAAAGAAAGGUAUGCUUCUUCUUUUCAUUUUCAAACCCCUUUGCAUUUCGUAUCAAGAUGGCCAACAAGGUUAAGAAUAUUAGCGAGUCGCUAAAAAAGAUUAAUGAAGACGCAAAUGGAUUUGGACUUACUAGAGCAAAAUUAGUAAAUGCAAGUCCUGAAAUAAUCCCAAACCGAGAGACAGACUCCUCUGUUGAUCAUUCAGAAAUUGUAGGAAGGGAAGAUCAUGUCUUAGAAAUAGUAGACUUGCUGCUUAGUGCAACCAAUCAACAACUCUCAGUCAUUCCUAUUGUAGGAAUGGCAGGUUUGGGAAAAACAACUUUAGCAAAAUUAGUGUACAAUCAUGAGCUAGUAAAGAGACAUUUUGAUAAGAGAAUAUGGGUAUGUAUCUCUGAUGAUUUCAAUGAUAAAAGGAUUUUGAGAGAGGCUUUAGAAUCCCUUACCCAUAACUCAAGUACAUUAGAAAAUAAGAAUACAAUAUUAGAAUGCCUUCAAAAGGAGUUGCAAGGCAAAAGAUAUCUUCUAAUACUUGAUGAUGUAUGGAAUGAAGAACCUGUGAAAUGGGAUUCUUUAAGGAGUGGUUUAUUAGGAAUUAAUCCGAAUGCGGGAAAUAGCAUUAUUUUAACAACCCGUAGUGAUAAAGUGGCCAAAAUCACGAUGACACUUCCACAAAAUAACUUGAAAAAACUAUCAGAAGAUGAAUGCUGGUCCAUAAUUAAAAAAAAAGUAGCUCUUAAUGAAAGAGUUCCACUAACUCGUGAUUUAGAGGCUAUUGGAAGGGAUAUUGCCAAAAAAUGUGGAGGGGUCCCAUUAGCUGCAAAAGUCCUAGGAGGGACAAUGUCUCUUAAAAAGGAGAAAAGUGAAUGGUUAGCAAUUCAAAACAAUGAAAUUUGGAAUUCGCUAAAUGGUAGUAAUGAAAUGUUACCAAUAUUAAAAUUAAGCUUUGAUCAUCUUUCACCACCAUCUCUAAAACAAUGUUUUGCAUAUUGUUCAAUUUUCCCCAAAGAUGAUAGGAUUAAUAAGGAAGAAUUAAUUCAGCUUUGGAUGGCUGAAGGGUUCCUUCAACCAUCUCUAGGAGGUUGUCAAGUGAUGGAGGAUAUUGGUAACAGGUGUUUUGAUAUCUUAUUGGCAAAUUCCUUAUUCCAAGAUGAGGAAAAGGAUGAAUAUGAUAAUAUUUUCAUAUGCAAGAUGCAUGAUUUGGUACAUGAUCUUGCUCUCUCAGUAUCAAAAUCAGAGACCCUAAUUUUAAAUGAGGAUUUGAGAGAUGAUAUCAGCCUUGUACGACGUUUGGUGAUCCAACCUAAAGACAAAACUAUGCCAAGAAUUCCAUUUUUAAAAGAUGGUGUUUGGAAAUUGCGCGCAUUUAUUUCAGAAAAUGCUGCAAUUGGCAAAGCAAUAUUCAAUUUUGAAUGCUUGCGUGUUUUAAAAUUAUAUGGAAACAGUAUAAAAGAAUUGCCAAGUUCAAUUGGCCUAUUAAUACAUUUGAGACUUCUCAGCAUCUCAAGUACCUACAUCAAAGUGUUACCAAAGGCCAUCACCAAGCUCUACAAUUUGCAAACUUUAAGAGUUGAAGGUUGUAAUAAUCUCAAAGAGCUUCCAGAAGAUCUAAAAAAUUUGAUUAAUUUGAGACAUAUUUAUUUUAAUGGUUAUGAAAUUGAGCGAACACCUAAAGGCUUAGGGCAGUUGACUUGUCUGCAAACUUUGCAAUGUUUCGUUGUGGGUCAAGGCACAGGUUUUCAGAUCGAAGAAUUGGGAAGCUUGAAUCAACUAAAAGGAGAAUUAGACAUUCGUAGGCUAGAGCAUGUGAAAGAUAAAGAAGCCUCCAAAAACGCCAAAUUAGUAGAAAAGGCCAAAGUAUACGAGUUGGGAUUUUACUGGAGUGAGAAUAGAGAAGGCAACCACAAUAAUGAUGAAGAGGUGUUGGAAGGACUCCAACCUCACCGAUAUUUGAAGAGCUUAAAAAUUGUUGGUUUUGGAGGGGAGAAAUUCCCAUCAUGGAUGUUGACAAGUCGUGAUGCAAGGGAUGGCUUUUUGCUAUAUGACAAUUUGAUUAAUAUCAAAUUAAUUGGUUGCAAGAAAUGUGAGGUUCUUCCCACUCUCGGGCUUCUACCUUGUCUUAGGGAUCUUUAUAUAAAUGGUAUGGAUAAUGUAAGAUCUAUAGGAACCGAGUUUUACGGCAACUAUAAUGAUGGUGGUUACGACAAAAUAUUGUUCCCGUGUUUGAAAAGUCUUCAAUUGCGGUGGAUGCGAAAUCUAGUUGAAUGGACGGAUGCCUUAAGAAUUUGACCAUUCAGUACUGUAAGCAACUGAAAAGUGCUCCAUGUCAUUUUCCUUCUCUUGAGAAAUUAGAAAUUUCCGAAACCAAUAGCACGACAUUUAAAAAAAUUAGCAGCAAGCUUACCACACUAACGUCCCUCCAAAUUAGGGCAAUUUCAAAACUUGCUUCUUUGCCAGAGCAGUUAUUGAAAAAUAAUUCGAGUCUUAUGUCUUUGAGUAUAUUGAGAUGUAAUGAUUUGGUAUCCCUAUCACCACAUGGGGAUGUAUGGGGCUUCUACACUUCUCUUCGGUCACUGGAAAUAUUAUUCUGUAAGAAAUUGAGUUAUUUGCCGGAUGGACUGCACACCCUUCGUUCCCUUGAGAAUUUCAACGUAAGAUAUUGUCAUAAUCUGAGGUCCUUUCCAAGUAUAAAAGGUGUGGCGUUACUUCUUCGAACCCUAGCGAUAUCGUGCAGUGAUGAAGUUCUACCAAUUGGUCUUCAAUCAUGUAUAUCUCUAUCGUCAUUGGAGAUAGAUGAGUGUCCUAAUCUGAUAUCAAUUCCAAAUCUACAUGAUUUGCAUUCACUUUCCUCUUUAACAAUUACAUCUUGUAAAAGAUUGAUGGGUUAGACUGCCUCACCCGCUUGAAGUCUUUGAGUAUUGGUGGGUUUUGUGAGGAGUUGGAUGCUUUCCCUAGUCUCAGUUCCAUCCAACACGCAUCCCUUGAAACACUAACAUUGUUUGGAUGGGCUAAACUCAACUCUCUCCCAGAAGAUAUUCAACGAUUUACUGCCCUAACAGAACUCUGGAUACUUAAUUUUGACCAGAUGGAAGCUUUGCCUGAGUGGUUGGGCAACCUUUCUUCUGUUCGAAACUUGUUUCUUUGGGAAUGCAAGAACCUGAUGUAUCUGCCAACAGCGGGAGCCAUGCAACACCUCACCAAAUUAAAUAUUUAUAAAUGCCCCAAAUUAAAGGAAAUAUGUGUGAAGGGAAGCGGCGCAGAGUGGCUCAAAAUUGCCCAUAUUCCAAAUAUCUAUAUCGACAGGGAACGGAUUAAAGGGUAGUUGUGCAUAUUGGUCCAAGACAGAUCAGAGUGGUAA